AUGGGACUAAUUUUCAAAUUAUUUCUGGCAUUUUUCGUGUCAGCAAACAUAGUUCAAUGUAUGUACCUUUUUAACAAUAGCUAGACGUCUUAUUCUAACCUCCCUUCAGGUCAAUGCAUUGCCCUACUUCUUUUUGCAUGCUUGAUCCCGUUUGAUUUUGGAUACACCUCCUUCACUAUUAUUUAUUUCCCCACAAACUCUUGAUCAUAGGUAUCGAGACACUUAAAAAUCUUCCUGAAAAAUGCGGAAGACGGUCUGUCCGUUCAGUCUGGAAGGAAGAAGCAACGUACUCAAAGCCCCAGGCGACUCCACAUAGCUGGCCGUGGCUGGUAAUUCCGAAUCGUAGCGUUAAGAACUUCCCUAUAAAGUUGAGAUAGUUUCCUUUGAAAUGUUUAAUUACUGAAUAUAGUGUGCUAGUCAAGUUAAAAAGAUCUGUCUGUUGUUGAGAUAUUACACUGCACAAAAAUAUAUACCUUCCGUUGGCUACAGAUUUGGUGCAUAACGAUGUAUGAUGUAAAUGUAAAGCACGUUUAACUCUCGUUGUUAUGGGGAGAAUUAUACUAUGUGCAAUGUGGGCGAAUAUUAUUUCAUACGGAUGUAGCAAAAUUAAAGUAGUUGAAGGAAGCAUGUUUGAACCAGGAGAGAGAAAAAUAACAUGCAAGUUGCAAUUAGCCGCUUCCUACUUUUCACCAGCUUGUUAUAGAUAUUUUGAAUAAAAUGAUCUGUCUGGUACUUCCUAACUGUAGAAAGACCCGUAAUUGGCAGUACUAUUUAUAAAAUUUAAUGAGCCUGUUGACCUAAUGCACUAUUAAUAUUAAACUUCAAUACGUCUCAAGCGUUAUUCGCUGAUAGUUCUCCUUAUAGCUUUCCGAGAAAUAAAUUUAAAGCAUCUGCGACAUAAACUUAAGAAACUGGUAUCAAAAUGUCAUCAAAUUUUGAUUAAGAAAUUUAGGCCGAACCUGAAGCUAAUUUCGCCAUGGUUUUCAGUCUUGUUUUGCCUACUUAUGCAGUAUAGAGUAACUAGGUUUUUGGAAUUCUAGACAUGCUUAUCUGAUCUACCCUUAAAAAGAAUCAUUUUCAUCAACGUCACGUACUUCUAAAAUCGAGCCUUUAAAAGUAGGGUCUGGAAUACAUAAAACUACCCGUCAAUACAAAAUGACCCCUCCCAUCUAGAGAUGCGUCUAAAAUAUUUAAGCUUAUAAGUUUAUUCGGUAAGACAAAAGGCAUAUCGUCUAAGUAAAUUAAGGUACGAAACUCGUCAACUCCCAUUUUAGAUAAUAUACAUGAACCAUCUUUCAAUAGCACCGAAAAAUUAACUUUGUUAUACCGAAUAUGACUUCUUUGUCUUCAUAUUUAUUUAAGGUGGGAUUGUGGUCCGAGAAAAGGGGUCGACAUCCGUUCUGCGGAGGAACUAUUUUAAGUAGCAGGGUGAUUGUCACCGCAGCCCGUUGCAUCAAGAUGUUAUUUGCCUGUGAAGAAAUGCCUGUUGGUAAAAGCGUCAAUAUUACGGAACGUACUGAUGACAUACUUACCGUACACAUUGGGGAUCAUAAAUUUACCACAUCUGGACCACCAAAGCAAACGCGUCGGGCGGACAUGGUACAGGUGCACCCCAAUUUUCAAGUACGAUAUGAAAAUCAUGGAUAUGACGUCGCUAUUUUGCUGCUCAAUGAACCUUUUACUACAGGUAUUGGUGCACAUAUUUUUGGGUUUGUAUAAUUAUGCAGAGGAAAGCCGAUUUUUAAUAAAUCUCGGCAAAAUAUCGUCAUUCAACACCAUACAGAUUAUAUAUUGUGCCAAAAGUGCCUAUUUAUAACUUAAGUUGCAUUCCACUUGGUUUCGCGGAAACUUUGUUUCCACCGGAAAUUAUGUCUGCUUUUACCACUUCCGGUUCACUCAUUGCUCACAGUGUGGAACUCUUUCAUGUAGUUAGGAUAUCCUUCUUAUCAACUCGAUUAUUAUAAAUUCAUUUAGCCCGUCGUAUUUUAUUGCAUCUUCAAAAACGUUAACGUCGCAUUCCCCAAGAUCCAUGCAGCAAGACGAAGGUAUACGGAGAUAUACCUUUAUUUUCACGUGGAAGCACAUUGACUGGAAGACACAGAGUUUUGAACGUAUUGGAAAAUACAGCCGUAAUUAGUGUAAACUAAAAUAGGAGGCGACGUUUGAAAUCCAAAUUUCGAGGUUUCUAAUUUUUUUGUAGUACUUUCUCAGCUAAUCUUUGUUUCGCAAAAAAUGUAACGAAUAAUGUCUCUAGGCAUUCCUCGUUUUCGUCCGCAGCUCCCGAAGCAAGGCCUAUCUGCGUUUCUCGGGAUGAGAUGGUACUAAAUAAUGGUCACUACUGCUUUUACGCUGGUUGGGGUGCAGUUCUAAGAAAAGGAUCGGUUAACGAGUGGAAAAAUCCUAGGAUACUCAGAGAAGCAGAAGUAACUCUAACCUCUUACGAGGAAUGUCUUCGAGUAAGCUAUCCAGUCCAAAAGGAUAAGACAGUUUGCGUGGAAACAGAAGCAAGGGUAUGUUUCGAAUGAAAGAUCAACUAGUAAUACAUUUUGCUGCCAUGCACACGUCAUUUGUUUCAAAUAGAUUUUGUAUUCGAAACAGUCAUCUAAUAACAUUCGUCUCGGACUGCAAUCUUUAACAAUUUUGGCUGACAGAUCCUUUUGAAUUUAUAUUAUUUAAACAUUGCUUGUUGGUUCAAAGUGCUUAGAACAUCCGGAAGGACGAUUUGCUGGGGUCAAGGUUGGUUGACGAGUUAAUAAAUAUAGUCCAGAGUAGUCGUCUAAUACCGAGAAACCGACCUUAUCUGGGGCUUAUGGUCUGUGGAAGACCUUGAAAUAUAUUUAUUGACUCGCAUUAGGACAUAUAUUUUGAGUUCAACACUUAAAACAUGCGCAUGCAAAACAAUUAGAGGCAGCUCCUACAAUGGAAUAAAAUGGAAAGAAGCUAAUUUGGCACGCACACUGAAGUUGGUAAUCCUUGUCUAAUAGUUUUAACCUUUUGACAGGUUACUGUGUAAACUCAACGCAACAUCUAAACUUGUCUUAUUGUAUUCGGAAGUUUUCUAGUCAGUAGAGGAAAUAAACCCAUUUGAAAUUCUGUUUAACAACGUAACAUGAUUUUAUGGCACGUGUAUGUCUUGUCAAACACUAAAUAUCACCUUACUUCGGUAUUCGCAAAUUCUCAGUGUGACACCGGUUCUAGAUGAGCGGUGGGAUUAUCAACUUCUCUGGAUAUUAUGUACCGCCUGAAGCGUCAGAAAUCAGAAUAGCUCACCGUUCUUCUCCUGGUUUUUAUUAUGAUUUUGCACAGUUUACAACUUCAACUUCGGCUAAACCUUUUUUUAGACUCCUUGCCACGGUGACAGUGGAGGUGGUCUAUACUGUCUUCCAAAAGACGAAAAACGCUGGUUUUUAUAUGCUGUAAUCGGUACCGGAGAUGAUGACUGCGUUGGAGACCGUGCUUUAUGUACCUCAGUCUCAUCCGUCAGGCAGUGGAUAAGCGACGCUAUUUCCAAGCUCCAGUAA